AUGUUGAUGAUCAAACAUACCUACCGAUCGACUUCUUCAACUAUUUGUUCAUUUCGAACUUUGAAAUUCAUCCAAAACUCCAUUUUCUAUCAAUCUACUGAUGCUGCUCCAAUAAAACAUGAAAAUAAAAAACAAGAAAUUCGCCAAGAAUAUCCAUUACUUGAUACAAAAUUUAAUCAAUACCAAAUUGCUUAUCGAUAUCGAAAUACUUUUGAAUUAUUACGUGGUUAUCUUGUUUAUCAAUUAUUUUCAAUCAAUUUUCUUACUAAUAAUCAAGAGAAAAUCACUCAUUGGUGUCGUCGAAUUCUCGGUGAUCGAUUAUUUAAAGUUUUACUAAAAAUAACUGCAUUUGGUCAUUUCGUUGGCGGUGAAACUCCACAAGAGAUUAAACCUAUUAUUAAAAGAUUAAUAGAUCAUAAUGUUAGUCCUAUUCUAGAUUAUAGUGUAGAAAGCGAUGAUCACGGACAAUUAUCUUCAUCCGAUCAAAUUGAUCAUAUGCAUGAUCAUAAUACAAACAAAUUUAUUGAAUGUAUUCAAACAUCACAUGAUGUUUGUGGUCCCAAUAACUUAAUUGCUAUCAAAGUAACUGCUCUUAUUCGACCGAAUGUAUUAAAGAAAUUUAAUACAAUACUAAAAUCUAUCAAAGAUCGUUCGCUUCUACCACCAUUAUUUGAAUUGAUUAAUCAAGAACAAAAAAAUGAUAAAAUAGUUGCACUUCUUCAAGAAUCUAUUAGUGCACACAUCAUAAAAGAUCAGAACGACAUACUGCCAAGUGUUGCAUUCAUGUCUAAUGAUUUAACAGAAAUUCAUAAUCUUCUUAUACGUUUAAAUAAAAUAGCUCAAGCUUGUGUUGAGAAUAAAAUUUCUAUAAUGGUUGAUGCUGAACAAACAUAUUUCCAAAUUGCAAUUAACUAUCUUGCAACUGAAUUACAGAGAUAUUAUAAUAAAUCCAAUGUACCUGUUAUUCAUGGAACGUAUCAAUGUUAUUUAAAAGAUGCAUUGAAUUCUUUGACGCAUGAUCUUGUUGUAGCAGAAAAAUACAAUUAUAUAUUUGCUGCUAAACUUGUACGCGGUGCAUAUAUGGAACAAGAAAAUCGUUUAGCUCGUGAAAAUGCUUAUGAAAGUCCUAUAAAUCCUACUUUUGAAGCAACAUCACAGAUGUAUCAUACAUGUUUUGAUAAAGUAUUACAAAACAUUGUGAAGCGUCAGCCUAAAAACGUUAGAGUUAUGAUCGCUUCACACAAUGAAGACACUGUUCGAUAUGCAAUUCAAAAAAUGAAAGAAUAUGAUAUUCAUCAUGAUUCAUCAAUUGUAUCAUUUGCAUCACUUCAUGGAAUGAGCGAUUAUAUAGCUUUUACGUUAGCUAAUUCUGGCUAUCAAACAUAUAAAUAUUUGCCAUAUGGACCCAUUGAAGCAUUACAACCAUAUUUAUUUCGACGUGCACAGGAAAAUCGAGGCAUUUUUGAAAAAGCUGCUAAAGAUCGACGUUUACAUUUUGAAGCAUUCAAAGAUCGAAUGUUUCGUUCGAAGAAUUAA